GGGGGUAUAAAUAGGGGGAGCCAUUCGUUCCCCAAACGCGUGUGCCGAUGAUGAAUGUUGACACUGACAGACUGCCAGUGAGUGGAUUGGUGUCCUUUGAGUGACUCGUGUUGGAAUUUGGCGAUUACUGCCUCAUAUAAAGAGGCUUAUCCUAUACCAUUCUGGCAACACGAGAGGCUCCCGGAGGCUCAUGAAAGCAUAGACUAAACAAACCCCCCCAAAACGCCUUUGUGGACCUGAAGUAUCCAUAAACAAGCUUCAUAAAAAGCUUGGUUUGUGUUACAUCAUGACCACCAACACCUACUAGGUACUACCCAUCACGGUUGGAGGUUCUUGGCCGCGUAACAGUAAACUCCCACCCACGCUAAUGAGUGCAGUGCUCCCCCCCGACAAAAGAGUUGGUGGUUGUGCGACACUUUCGCGGUAUCACCCUCUCGAAUCGGCCUGGUUACUGGUUAAUACAAAUCAUAGAGCCUUCUGAAGAGAGGAGACAUUUUUUUUUAAGUUAGAGCGAACGCAGCCAGAUCAGUGCGCGCAUCUGUCCUAGGCUGACUGAAACCUUUGCCAAGGAGGGAACGAACAGUCGAGUGACUCCAGAGGGAUCGGAGGUUCUUUGUGGGGGGGGCGGUGUAUCGCCUUUAAAGCAGAGCAAUUUCGGCUCGUUUCUACGUUCCUUCCGUCGCGUGUCAGCGAAAAUCUUUGGAAAGUAAACGGCCAGGCAGGCAGGCAGUCUUGAUCGAGAGCCACUGCUCGCGGUUUCCCUCCGGUAUAUCGGCCUAGGGAUAAGUCACCUUUACCGCCCACGGCCCCUAAAAGUAGCCCACCACACUCUCUUGGAUUACUGACGAAGGACAGAGACCUGAAUAAAGGAUUACUACUCUUUUCACCCUUUUUUACCUGCUGCCCUCUCCAUCAUUCAAAAUGCAGGGCACACCAAAAGGAAGGUCAGACGCCAUCUUGAUUCGACCUCCCAUAGCAGCGCACCUGCAUAAUUCGGCCGUUUUGAAAAUGCUGCACGAGGAGGAAGGUGAGAACCACAUUGGGUCGGUGCCCGUCCAGUUCGGGUCAUGGCCACCCCCAGGUCACGGCCAGUCCAACCGACCCAUGGGGUUCAUGACCAAAGUCAGCAGGGGGCCAGGAGGUCGACCAGUGGAGUGGCCCCCCCGUCCUGAACUCACCAGGAGCCAAGAGGAGUUAGACCAGGUACAAAGACCUCCUUCCAGUGAGCCGGCACCGCCUCCGGUGCCACCUAGGCCAGCUAACUAUCCGCAGGCAAAAAUGGAUCAAGUUCAAACGCAGCAACAGAUGGUCAUGCAGCAGCAACAGCAGCAUCAACAGCAGCAACAGCUUCAACAGCAGCAAAGGCAGCAGCAGGUCUCUUCCUCAGUUCAAAUGAAAACGGUUAAACAGGACCAGCCCGACGGCCCGAACCUCACCACGACUUACCCCUCGUCCUUCAAGUUGAAGGACCAACCCUCCUUCCAAACGGCACCUGCCAGGGUUGUGACAUCCCAGCCCGCCUUCAAGAUCACGCAGCCCAUCAGGAGAAGAGGAGACGACAAGUGGCCCCCCAGGGGAGCUGGUGAACCCACACAAGAAGAGGUCCGUGAGUUCAUCAAACCAAAGAAAAACAACAGAAACUACGAAGAGUUCUUCGCCCAGAACGCCCUGCCCAACAACUACGCCGGAUACCGGCCCCCUCCCGGCACCCAGCACCAUGGCCUCUUGGAUGAAGAAGAAGACGGAGUCAGCAACAUGUAGAUGGCGCCACCACCACCUGCUGCUGCCGCUGCUGCGUGGUCCCUUCAUCACCAGCGAAGAUGCUGCAACAAGUGCUUUUUGUAACAGAUGAUUCUAACUACAGUCCACCGCGAUCAUGACGUAAAAAAAAAACUGUACCUACCGAGUUCCAAAAGGUUUAUACCUUUACGUUUCAGACGACACUUUUCAAUAGCCAACCUUCGAGAGUUAUAUACAUAGGCCUAUGCUUUCAGCAACUUUCACUUUGUACUUGGAUCACGAUCGUUAUAUUACACUGCGACGUUUUAGCGAUUCAGAGGAGUUGUAGGUUAUCAAAGUGGCCAUUAUUUUAGCCAUGUUUAUUUUUUUUUUUAUUAUUAAUUCUGGCCGAAACUGUUGCGUUCAUCUGGCAACUGCCGUCGGUUAUAUCUGCGGUAUCCCCAGAAGUCGAAAUUGCAGUUACAGUUGAUGCGUCUUUUGUGCUUGCUUUACAGUCUGCCUUUGGUCCUGGGGUCUUCGAAGGAACGGAUACUGUAUACAGGAGUGAUGAUGGACCGUUGGACUACAGUCAGACGAGAAUUAAUGCGAUAGAGAGAAGUAGACUUUGAAUUUCCCGUUGUUGCUGUUUACCAUUUGCGUCUGUCCAAGAGUUCUCAAUAUGGCGUCACGGCCGUGCGAUUCAGCAGCUCGUGACAUUAUCAUAAGUUGAUUACCGUCAUAUAUACAAUCUUAUUUAUAGGUUAUUAUAUUUUACCGUCUUCAUUUCACUUUCCUCUUAGUCUGAUGACAAGUCGAAUACGGUUUGUUAAAGAAAUUACGACUAUAUUACUAUUAGCUACUAUUACUCUUAUUCACGAUCGUAGUAGUUUAGAGAUAUAUCUCACAAUAUUUUUAUGCCAGAAUUUAUGAUAGAAAGCAACUGAGGACUGGAAAUAUAGAUAAAUUCAUAUAAACGCCAGAUGUUAAUUCUUUGCUUUUUUUUAUUCAUAAAAUGUAUUUUAAAGCUAAUUUAGAAUUGAAGAUUUUUUUUUUUUUUUUUG